GAAGACAUCAUCCGAGUUACAACUCCCAUGAAAAAUUUUCGUAGAGAAACUCCUUCCAGGCCUACUCCUGGAGGGCCACGUAACCAUCUACUGCAAAGCUCUGAGCCAGAGACAUGCAAGGAUGCGAGAACUCCUUUGAAGUUUUCCUCCAAGGUGAACGAGAUCGUCAGAACAGGCCUGGGGACUCCGCAAAGGAUCAAGACGCCAAGAAAACAAACGUUCCUCCAGAGCCCCGCGCGUUUACCUAAUCGUUACAACUCAAAGUUGUAGCGCAUCAUAGCCACCGUUUUCUUUACUUGAUUACAGACAUUACAUCACAACUUGGCC